AUGAAUGUGUCUACUAUUAUUUGUGUCAUAAAUGCAAUAAGCGGAUUGAUUUUGUUUCAAUGUAUUCCUGCAUGCUCGGCCUCAGACAAAGACACAUUUAAAACCACUGUCGUGCCAAAUGAGUUCAUUGUUCAAUUUCAUUUUAAGUACUUUUCUACGGUCAGAGAGUCCUAUAUACAAACUAAGCUGUUGAGUUCCAAUAUAACAGGUUGGAGAAUCUUACCUCGAAAUAAUUUGGCAAGUCAAUAUCCAAGUGAUUUUGAUAUCUUACGGAUUUUAGGCGGCAAAAAGUCGUCAAUAGAGCAUAUUGUAAAGACAGUCACAUCUCAUCCAUCAGUUAAGGCAGUCGUCCCGCAGCGAAGUGUGCAACGCACCCUGGCAUGGAACUUUAAUGCAACUCUAGCAUAUAAAAACCGUCGUACUCUAGGAAUAGUACGUAAAGAGGACGUAAAGCAUUCGCGACGAGUUUCUUCAGUAUUGCAUGCAAAUGUUCUUUGGAAUCUGGGUAUAACAGGAAAAGGAGUCAAAGUAGCUAUUUUUGAUACUGGUUUGACCAAAAAUCAUCCACAUUUCCGAAAUGUCAAGGAGCGAACUAAUUGGACAAAUGAAAAGUCUCUGGACGAUAGAGUUAGCCAUGGCACAUUCGUCGCCGGGGUGAUAGCAUCAUCCAAAGAGUGCCUUGGUCUUGCUCCUGACGCUGAGUUGUACAUCUUUAAAGUCUUUACAAACUCUCAGGUUUCCUACACUUCGUGGUUCUUGGAUGCUUUUAACUAUGCGAUACAUAGAAAAGUGAACAUCCUCAACCUUAGUAUAGGUGGACCAGAUUUUAUGGAUUCACCGUUCGUGGAAAAGGUUCUGGAAUUGUCAGCCAAUAAUGUUAUAAUGGUGUCAUCAGCUGGAAAUGAUGGCCCCCUAUAUGGGACUCUUAACAAUCCUGGUGAUCAGAGCGAUGUGAUAGGUGUAGGCGGUAUUCAAUUUGAUGAUAAAAUUGCAAAGUUCAGCUCUCGAGGUAUGACCACAUGGGAGCUUCCUCUUGGCUACGGAAGACUAGGGCUAGAUAUAGUCACCUAUGGGAGCCAAGUGGAAGGCAGUGAUGUACGCACAGGCUGUAGACGUCUAUCGGGAACUUCAGUUUCAUCGCCAGUUGUUGCAGGUGUAGCAGCGUUGCUUAUAAGCGGUGCAUUUCAUAGAAUUGAACUGAUAAACCCUGCAUCCUUAAAACAAGUAAUCAUAGAAGGAGCCGAAAAACUUCCGACCUACAACAUGUUUGAGCAGGGCCAAGGAAAGCUUAGCCUUUUGAAAAGUAUGCAAAGCUUGUUAUCGUAUAGGCCGAAAAUUAGCCUAAUUCCACCAUUGCUUGAUUUUACCUCGAAUUACAUGUGGCCAUACAGCUCUCAGCCUCUUUACUUUGGGAGCUCCGUGGCAAUCGUGAAUGUUACAAUACUCAAUGGAAUAUCAGUUACCAGUCGUGUUGUAGGUGCUCCCAAAUGGAUUCCAGAUGUUGAUCAUAACGGACACUUUCUCAAAAUAUCAACAAGAUUUUCCCCUAUUCUCUGGCCGUGGACUGGAUGGAUGUCCGUUUAUAUUGCUGUUAAUAAAGAUGGUGAAGACUAUGAAGGCGUUUCGAAAGGAAACAUAUCUCUAAUUGUUGAAAGUUUAAGAGACAAAAAAAACGAAACACUUUUAAUUGAAGUGAUCUUUCCGCUAACCAUAAAAGUUACAAGAAAACCGCCCAGGAAUAAAAGAAUUUUGUGGGACCAGUACCAUAGCUUGAGGUACCCUCCUAGGUAUAUACCGCGAGAUGAUUUAAAGGUUAAAUCCGAUCCUCUGGAUUGGAGAGCGGACCACAUACAUACAAAUUUUAAGGACAUGUACACAUAUUUACGAAACGUUGGAUACUACGUUGAUGUCUUGCGUGAACCGUACACAUGCUUCAACGCCUCAGAUUAUGGCACUUUAUUGAUUGUAGAUCCUGAGAAAGAAUUUGAUGACGAUGAGGUGCAUAUUCUAAAGGAACAUGUUCAUAAGGACGGCCUAAGCGUAGUCAUAUUUGCUGAUUGGUACAACACAACAGUGAUGAAGAAAAUAAAAUUCUUCGACGAGAAUACUAGACAAUGGUGGAUACCAGACACUGGUGGCGCUAAUAUUCCAGCUCUAAAUGAUCUAUUGAAACCGUUUGGAAUCGCGUUUGGUGACUUUGUUGGAGAGGGACACUUUAAACUUGGCGACCAUUCGAUGUAUUAUGCUAGUGGCGCAACAAUUGUAAAAUUUCCAUCCAAUCCAAUUGAUGUUGUAGUAGGAACCAGUUUAAACGACCAAGGCCGAUCGAUUAUGAUGGGCUCAAAAUCUUCGAAAAAGGAACCCAAAAAAGUUGUACCGAUUCUGGGGUUAUUCCAAACAAAUUCCAGCAGCUUAGAAAGCAAUGAUGGUAACAAUAUGGAUAACACCCUUUCGAUCGAUAACUCGAAAUUCAAAAGUAGAUUCCUACGACCUAAAAUGAGCAAACGUAACUUGAGCUACUUUCAAAAUAUGAAUGUUCCACACCAAGGACGCAUUGCCAUAUAUGGGGACUCCAACUGCCUCGACUCAACACAUAUCGAGAAGGCUUGCUACUGGCUUUUGAUUACCUUCUUAGACUUUGCCAUGAAUUCACACAAAUCAAGCUUGCUGCAGAACCUAAACCGUAUAUCAGAAUUUAAGAAAAUGAAAGAGACCCCCUUACCUUUAAGAAUAUCCAGUAACAACUCUAAAGCUGUUCCGCCUGAUGUUACUGAAAUAAAUAGCAGACUGACGCAUUGCGAAGAGCUUGACUGGAUAGCCGCUACAUCGAACAAAGAUAAUCACCAUCUGGAAGCACCUAUCGUGGAGUGGGUCACAAGUGAUCGUGAAGAGCAGCAAAACGAUCUUAUUAAACAAAUUUUGGAUGCGGAGAUUAUUAAGUGCUCACAAGAUGCUGAAUAUCUAAUUGGCAGCCAAGCAGACUUUAGUUUAGGAACGUCAAUGAUGUUUAUCUUCAGUUUAAGUUUAAUUGUUAUUGUAUUAUUUAUCUUGUUUGUGAAAAGACGAUUUAUUUUGUAAAUAAAUGUUAGACAAUGCUAAUGGGC